GUGAAAACAAAAACUCUUAAAUCAACAUCGUACUACUGACAGCAAACAUCAAUCCAUAUGCCAACAAGCUUGUUGACUGCAUAAAGGUCAUCGAGGUCUCUCUACAAAUAUUUCAAGAUGGACAUCAUUCGGGCCUUUCUGUCAGCAAUCUGAUCGAGCAUUAACUACUCCGUUACCCAAUCACCAUGGCCUCAAGACUCAACAACCUCGCCGCCUUUCACCAGAAACUGGCCAAAGCCGAUCGCAUCCUCGCCAUCUGCGGUGCCGGACUCUCCGCCGCCUCGGGACUCCCCACCUUUCGCGGUGCCGGCGGACUCUGGAGGAACUACGAGGCCACGGACCUAGCUACGCCAGAAGCAUUUGCUUCGGAUCCCGGUCUAGUAUGGUUAUUCUACGCCUAUCGCCGCCACAUGGCCCUCCAAGCCCAACCCAACGCAGGCCACCACGCCCUCGCCGCCCUCGCCAAGAAAAACCCCAACUUCCUGUGCCUAACUCAAAACGUCGACAACCUUUCCUCACGCGCCGGCCACCACCAGCAGCAGCAGCAGCAGCAGCAACUACAUACCCUCCACGGCUCCCUCUUCACCCUCCAAUGCUCUUCCUACCCUUCACAAUGCACCUACAUCGACCAAAACAACACUCUCGACCCUCUCUGCCCUGCUCUAGCACCCGCAUCAGCAUCAGCAUCCAUCAACCCCCCGUCCAAUGACCCCCCAAAACCAUCCCAAUCAUCCAAGACCAUCAUCCCCCUCCUAGACCCCAGCACCCCCCUCCCCCCCAUCCCCAAAUCCCACCUCCCCCACUGCCCACAAUGCAAAAAUCUACUGCGACCAGGCGUCGUCUGGUUCGGCGAAUCUCUAAAUCCCACCAUGCUGGCCGAGAUAGACGCGUGGAUCGACCAAGGAGGUCCAAUCGACCUUGUCCUGGUCAUAGGGACGAGCAGCGUCGUCUACCCGGCGGCCGGGUACGCGGAGAAGGCGAGGACGAAGGGGAGGACGAGCGUGGUGACUGUCAAUAUGGAAGUGGACGACGUUGAAGAGGAAGAGGGGUGGAUGUGGGGAAAAGGAAUAAGAAGAAGAAGAAGUAGACCGGAAGAACAUUUGGUGUUUCAGGGGGGAGCGGAGGAGUGGCUGCCUAGGAUGUUGGAGCCUGUGAUUGGGGUUGCGAAGGAUGAUGGGACGUAUGAAUGAGAAAAAAGGGGGGGAAAGGGAUUUUCGUGGGGAAAGCAGGGAGGGAGGGGGAGGAAAAGGGGAUUAAUGAGAGGUGAUGGAGAAAACAAAGUGAGUGCUUGAACUGGGAUCCACUACCACGUGGGAGACGGCCCGGGCCGGACCCGAUAUGAUCGGCGGACGGGACGGGAGCUGGAUGU